GGGCAGAAUUGAGAUUGCAGCGCGCAUGCGCACUGGCAUGGAGCUCACGGCAGCAGAUUGGAGUGCGCAUGCGUACUGCCAUGUGGCCUUCACGACAGACGGGAGCACGCAAGCGUGCUGCCGUCGGGGUUGUCGGCAAGCAGCAAUGCGCAGGCGCAGCCGGGAGUGCGCAAGCGAAAUACCAUCAGGGCUGCCGGCAGGCUUCAGUGCGCAUGCGCGGAACUGCCGGCGGUCGGUGACGUCAGGCGGGUCCGGGCGGGCCGUCCGUCGCCGUGGCAGCGGGGAGCAAAGAUACGAGUAUCUUUGGCCGGGAGCGGCGGCGGCCAUGGAGGCGCUGGAGGAGGCCGGCCUGCACUUCGAUGAGCUCAACAAACUGCGGGUGCUGGACCCGGAGGUAGCGCAGAGCACGGUGGAGCUGAAGGAGGAGUGCAAGGACUUUGUGGAGAAAAUAGGCCAGUUCCAGAAGAUUGUCGGUGGGUUAAUUGAGAUUGUUGAUCAACUAGCUAAAGAAGCUGAGAAUGAAAAGAUGAAGGCCAUAGGUGCCAGAAAUCUGCUGAAAUCAGUGGCCAAGCAACGAGAAGCACAGCAGCAGCAGCUCCAAGCUUUAAUUGCUGAAAAGAAAAUGCAACUCGAACGAUAUCGGAUCGAAUAUGAAGCUCUCUCAAAGGUGGAAGCUGAACAGAAUGAGUUCAUUGAUCAAUUCAUUCUUCAAAAGUGACAUGGGGAAGCAUUAAACAGAAAAAACGUAUAUAUUUAACACCAUAAAGGAGAGAACAUUUCAGUGAUUAUUCCAUUCUGCCAUUCCAUCAACAGAGGGUUUUAAACACAGUGCAUUUUGGAGUGGAUUCAGUGUUAUUUCAGUGAAUAUAAAGCAUCUAUUUCUAUAAUGCAGAUUUAUAUAUGGGUUUUUGGACCAUCUUGGCAAUUUUUGCUACACUUUUUAAGAUUACAUUUCUGCAAGCAUCAGAACACUAAUAUUGUGUAAAUACUUUGUUGGCUCUUAUUUUGUAUAUUUUAUGUUAUAUCUAAUAAAUCAAUCUUUAAGCAUGUAUGAUCAUGCACUUUCUA